AGAGAGAGAGAGAGAGAGAGAGAGAGAGAGAGAGAGAGAGAGAGAGAGAGAGAGAGAGAGAGAGAGAGAGAGAGAGAGAGAGAAAGAGAGAGAGGGAGGGAGGCAGGGAUGAUGGCGUCUCUCGCGGCUUGAUACCCGUGCAUGUCUGACAAACGCGCAGUAAUAGCAUGAUCAAAAGGUGGGAGGGAAAACGAGCAAAGCGACGGGAACAUGACGAAUCGGUGUCGCGGAGGACAGACGAACAGAGGGAGACAGACGGACAGACGCUUCCUUUCCCCCUGACGGAUUGACUGACAUCCACGCCUGGCACAGAGGGGGACAUCCAGCGGGCGGGCUGCACAUCCGAGCGGGCAGUAAUUGGGCACAGGAGCAAGAAGACAGCAGGAGGAGAGCGGAGGCAGAGCGUUUCAUGUCCAGUCUGUCCUGGAGUCGCUGUGACCCCGACAGAAAGGAGUUCGACUGGACAGGAUGGGGGGGGUGAGUGAAGGAGAUGAUGUUUUGGCUCGAUGGAGUGAUGGACUACUGUACCUCGGCAACGUGAAGAGAGUGGAUGGUGUGAAGCAGUGCUGUCUGGUGAGAUUUGAGGACAACUCAGAAUUCUGGGUUCUGAGGAAGGACAUCCACUCCUUUGCUGUUGGAGGGGAAGAAGUCUGCUGUAUAUGUGACGCCCCACCUCUCAAAGAUCCACUCUUGAACUGUUUCAAAUGUCGCCAUAGCUACCACCCCGAGUGUCACACCCCUGCCAUCGAGCCCGAGGCGGACUGUGACUCCUGGAUCUGUCGGCAGUGCGUCUUCGCAGUGGCAACAAAGAGAGGUGGGGCCCUUAAGAGAGGCCGCUUCGCCCGCCUCAUGCAGUUCAUGAAGCUGCGGCUUCCCUAUCAGCUGUCAUCUUUAGACUGGGACCCGCAGCAUCUGACCAAUCAGCAGCAGUGUUACUGCUACUGCGCUGGACCUGGAGAGUGGAACCUCAAGAUGCUCCAGUGUGGAGGCUGUGGCCAGUGGUUCCAUGAGGCCUGCACUCAGUGUCUGAGCAAGCCUCUUCUGUACGGAGACAGGUUCUAUGAGUUCCAGUGUUCUGUGUGUGCAAACGGACCAGAAACCAUCCAGAGACUUCCAAUGACCUGGGUUGACUUGGCCCAUCUUGUGCUCUAUCAUCUCUCCCUGUGCUGCAAGAGGAAGUACUUUGAUUUCGACCAUGAAAUCAUGUCCUUCACCAACGAGAACUGGGAGUCUCUGCUUCUCGGCGCGCUGUCAGACACAGCCAGACAGGACCGCUGUCACAACCUGCUCAACGCACUCAACUCCCACAAGGACAGGUUCGUGUCUGGGAAGGAGAUCAAGAAGAAGAAGUGUCUCUUUGGGCUCCAGGUGCGAGCCCCGCCCCCUCUCGUAUCCGAUUCGUCACCGCUCAUCACCGACCCGCCCGUCAACAUCACACACAGGAGAAGCCCGCUAUCACUUUCCUGUCAGAGGAGAGCGGGGGUGUUGGAGUCUCGUAAAUCCAAGCGUCGCAUCGUAGAGACACAGCCGUGUCCAGACCCCACACCUGCAAACCAACUGGAACUGUUGCCACGUUGCCAUGAUUACGGGGGCGGGGCCUGCCUCUGCAAAGAGGAGCUGGACCUGAGCUCCCCUCCUAAGAGGAUGUUUGCCCUCUACCACCCCACCUACAACGGAAACACUCCUCUCUCCAGGACGGUGCAUCACUACAACAGCACUGAGGAUACAUGCAGGGUGACCCCCCCCUGCCUUCCGUGCGCCCUCCAGUCCAACAACAACAAUCACCAACACCAUCACCACAACCACAACAUGAACGGCAGCUACCAGCACCACAACAGCCACCAUGCCAACCCCCACCCCAACCCCAACCCCCACCCCCACCCCCACCCCCACCCCCACCCUCACCAGCACCCCCACCCCCACCCACCGACCCACAAGCUGCUGGAGCCCUGCCCGUCCCUGCUGCUGAGGGGGCUGGCGUCUCACCAGGUGGGCAUCGGUGGUGGGGGGGUGGGGGCGGGUGGUGGAGGAGGAGGCGGAGGGGGAGGAGGGGGAGGGGGAGGCAGCGGGGGAGGUGGGGGAGGGGGAGGCGGCGGGGGGGAGGCGGUCCGGAUCCUGGCGAGGCGUGUCACGCCGGACGGAAAGGUGCAGUACCUGGUGGAGUGGGGGAACGUCAGUGUUUACUGAGGGAGGUGGGAGGAGGAAUGGGGAGGCGGUAGAGGGGGAGUGGGGGGACGGAGGGUGAGAGAGAGGGUGAGGGACAGACGGUGGGGAAGAAAGAGAUAAUAAUGGAUGGGUGGAGAGAAAACAGGGUGGAGACUGGGGGGGGUAUGGAUAAAGAGAGAGAAACGUGAAAUGGAGGAAGAGGAGAGAGAGAAUGAAGAAAACAAGAGGAGAUGGGGAGAAGGAGGGAUGGAAGAAAAGAAAGAGAGGAGGGGAGGGCGACCCAAUGACAUAUUUGGCAGCGGGGGGAACUUAGCCUGGAGAGUUAGCGGUGUUUUGGCGCUGCCAUCUGGUUGGCGCGUGGGGCGAUCAUGAUGGGGGUUCUACAGCCAGUUUGGCCAGGAGCAAGGAGCUGUUGGCCAACAGAGGCUGUUCCUCCCCUUCCCCUCCAGAGGUCGCUAGGCAACACUCAUUUUGGAUGCCUUUCUGGCUUUUGAGCUGUUCAGGUCCAUCCCCCCUCCAUGCUCUUACCCCCCCCCCCCCCCCCCUCCCACCCACACACAGGACUUAUUAUCCCGGUACACUCAAACCCUGAAUCGAUACACAAGAGGUUUGUAUAUUUUCUCCCCUUUAGCACAGAACGGACCAGCACCUGCAACUCAACAACAAUAACCUGUUUAUGUUUGACAUCUGUCCGUCAUAGAACUAGGAGCAAACGUGUGGACUUUUGUUUUAUAAGUAGAAUUAUAUAUUCCAAAUUUAAGAAUAUGUUGUAUGACAUGAUGACUUUAUUUUAUUUAUAAUUUUUUUAUGUGGUUGCUUUGCUUAGUGCCUACACAGUGACUGCUUGUAUCGUUCGGUGACCUUAGGUUAUUCGCGUGUCACGGGGCUGACGGGUUACGCUACCAUAGCGACCAAACAGGUCACUGUUAGGUCGGGUGGGGUAAAAAACGGGUGUUGACAGAGGCCCUUGUUAAUGUUUUCCUUUGACAGGGUUCUAUCAAGUACGAUUUUUGUAUACUCAAAAGCAAACAACAUGUAUACUCUUGAUUGAAAUAAUUCAAUUAUUUUUUUCUCAAGAAUAGGUCGGUUUUUUUUGUCUAGUGCCACAAGAUUAAAAAGAGAACCUCAAAAGUGAAAGAGAUUCUGAUAUAGUUUUAUUUUUGCUUUGUAAGGUGAGGGUACACCUGUUCCUCUCAAGGGACCAUGCAGACAACAUAUUUACUGUAAAUGCAAACCGGAUCCUCUCCUACUAGAACUGUUACAACAACUGUUUAAUUUCCUUGAGGCUAAUGUUACUUUGCUCUUUAACGGCUAACGAUCGGUGAUAUAAAUUUAGUAACUAUGGGUUUGAAUUGUAUGUGUUGUUGAGGCUUGAUUUACUGUUAACAUUCCUCUGAUAUCUAUAGAUGUACUUCUGGUGACGAGUAGACUGUAGGUAUGGACUCGAUAUGAAAACAUCCUUCUGAAUUUUUUUUAUUUUACAAACACGGUAAGAUUAUGUUUUGAAAGUUGAUAUUUUUUACAGAUUAUUAGAGUCAUCAAUUCAAUUUGUAUGUUACGCUUAAUACAAUAAGCCCAAAGUAUUUUUUGUAUGGUUCAGGUUACAAAAAACGAUUAAACACUUUGUUUCAUGAUGA